UCCGUAGUUUCCUUUGGCACAGAAAAAAAGAGAUAACGACAAAGGAGCGAAGGCAGAGCCGCAUCUCGAAGGUCGAAGCUGAGGGCCAUGGCUCGUGGGCAGCAGAAGAUUCAGUCCCAGCAGAAGAACGCCAAGAAGGCAGCAGAGAAGAAGAAAUCUCAGGGCGCGGACCAGAAGACUGCAGCCAAGGCCGCGCUGGUCCACACCUGCCCUGUCUGCCGGACACAGAUGCCUGACCCCAAAACCUUCAAGCAGCACUUUGAGAGCAAACACCCCAAGUCCCCCAUGCCUCCUGAGCUGGUGGAUGUUCAGGCAUAAAGGACUGCUGACUGGACCUGAACCUGGAUACACAAUGACCACGGAUUAAACGUUGAAUGGCGGCACCGGAAGAACGUUGACGACAAACACUGGGACCUCUCAGUAUUCACGGACAUCGGGUUGGGAAGGCGGGACGGGGAGGAUGUGUGUAUGUGCUGUGUACGUACGUGUGUUUGUGUAAGAGUAAUGACGGGGCAGACGUACACCAGCAGCCCAUUUUUAUAUUUAUUGUGUACAACUACCUUAUUUCCAGAUGGGGGAGGGAGGGAGGCAGGGUCCCAGAAAGCAGAACCAGCAAGAGCAUCUGUCUGCUUACACUGAAUCAAAAUUGUCACUAAUGAUGGGGAAAAGCUUCAAUGGGAUAUACAGUACAUUUCUGAAUGUGUCUAGCUGACAGCUGGUUAUUCUGAAACAGUGCUGUUCAAUGAGGAGACGGCACAUUCACUUCACAUCUCCUCACUCACUCACAUGGACGUGGCUCUGCUGUCGGGUCAGAACUUCCCAGUUUCUGUCGAGUAGACCACUGGCUGCUUAAAAUGACCAAUUUAACGCUUUAAUUUCAUGGUUUUAUGGUCAGACUCCACAGCUUUGCCUCCUCUGUGCUGCUGCUGCUGCUCCACAGGUGUCCACACUCAGUAACACCUUACAACAGUACCUCACGUUAACCACACAGCAAGUCUAUAAUGCUCUUUUUUCAAAUCUCUUCCACUUGGACUUCUCAGCGUCAUCCUUCUUGGCAAUAACACCCCCCCCCUCCACAAUCUUCGUCCCGCCUCAGUUAAACCAGGAUUUGUUCUGUAACCCAAACAGCUCUGUGCUCAUUGAUGCUUUCAGCUGUAGUUUGAACAAAAUGUAAGUAGCCCCAAAGGACUGAGAGAGAAAUCAUUUAGUUCAGAAACUGCAAGAGUAAUGAUUCUUUUUGGUUCUUCUUUAAAUCACUAGAAAAGCAAAAACUUUGUUUUCACUGUAAAUUUUUUUUUUUUUUUUACCCUUUUCAAUAAAUUGAAUGAUGUAUUUAAUGUGA